ACUAAUUAUUUGUUUAUUUUGGCUCUUUUAAGUAAUAUAUUAUUUUAUAUAUACACACAAGUAUCCAACUUGUAAACACAUCUUAUUUGUUUCCGGUUUGUUGGCUUAUUAAAUGUUAAUUUUAUUUGGUUAUAGCUUUUGUAAAAAUAAUACUGUUUAGUACUUACAUUUUUAUAAAACAUUCACUGUGUUUAAUAUAUUUGAAUAACAUGUCCACUACAACAUCUGGAAAAAUAACAGACGAUCUUGGGUCAGUCGCUGCAUUGCGUGUGGCUCUCCAAACGUUGGCAGAGCGUUGUGAAAGGCUACAGUCUCGAUUAGACAUAGUUGAAAAAGAAAAUGUUUCUAUAAAAAGCCACUGUACAUGUCAAACAGUCAACAACAAAUCUUCAGAAGUUAAUGUACAAGAAUUAUCUUGUAAAAAACAACAGUUGGUCGAAUAUUUAAAAAUUGUUACAAAUGAAAAUCGUACAUUGUGGACAACAUUGUCAUCGUUAGAUAAUCCUGCAGUUCAAUCAAAUGAUAAAAUCAAGCCGAAGAACUCUUUAGCUAUCAUAGACAACUAUUUAAAGUACAAUGAUGUUGAUUUCAAGAUGAAUUCUAAUUGCAUUAUGGAUACGGAAGAUGAUUUAAUAAGUCUUCAGUAUAGUUCCGAUGAUGAAUCUUGGCCUAUGUUAUUGUCUGAACUCAAUGCAUACAAAGAAAAAUUAACCUUAGCUAAACAUCUACUUGCUGAUCAAAAUGAUUUAAUUUUUAAUAUCACUUCAAGAUUUAAUCUACUUGUCGAGGAAGUCAAAGUUAUAAAGCCUUCCGCAGAGUAUCGAGAUGCAGAAACAUUAACAAAUUCUACUUUUGAUUCCACCACAGCUUGUAUUUGUGGGGUUCGUGCAAAACCAGAUAACCAUAGUAUAUGCCCUUUAUGUAAAUUAUACAUUGUGGGAGCUGAAGGCGAUAAAAUGUUUGAUAAAUUAGUUGAGCAUGUAAGCAGUCAUUUUCCCGAUGAAGAACCAGAAACUAUAAUUGAUAGUUUAUCUGGGCACUAUUGAAAACGUUUGUGGCAAUUGAUAAUCAU